AUGAGCAACAUGCUUCACGAAGAAAAUUACCAUCACGACUUGCGUAAAGAUUUUGAACACCACAUACACGUUUUGAAUAGCGCAGAAAUAUCAGAUAAAGACAAAAAAUUAAACGCUUUAAGGGUAAUUUAUGAGAAGUUAUUAGAAUUUUUUACAUUUUGUAAUGAAGAGGAAAAAGAAAAAUUUUGUGUUUUCUUUCGUAACUAUUUAUUACACCAAUUACACAAAUGGAUUAAUGAAGAAUUUGAUGAAUAUAGGAAUUUUGCUCUUGACAUAUAUUUCCUAAUUGAAAAAAAUCUUAACGAUACACUGCUAGAUUAUUUGCUAUUUAAAAAUGUAAAUAGAGAUGAAAAUUUUCUCUAUAUCUGCACGAACAGACUAAAGGAAAAUAAAGAUAAAAGAGUUGUAGAAGAUAAAGAAGAAAUCAGACUAAAAAUUGUACAAUUUUUGUGUAAAAUUGUCAACAGGUUUAGGAACAACUGUAUGGAAACUUCCCAACAACUUCUCAAUAUAUAUCCCUACCUUCAAGAUAUUUUAACAGCUUUAACAAUUUUAAUUAAAGACCCCUUCCCUCUUAUAAAAAAAAUUAGCUGCCAGUUAUUAUAUGAACUCCAUUUUGAGCAAGAGCAAAAAGACUUCAAUCAUUUGUACAAAAGUCUCGUAAAAAGUUUGAUUAACACCUUAACAGCAAGGCAGAAUGACGUUCGCGAGCUAGCUUUAAAAUGCCUAAAAAAACUGCUAUGUUUUGAUAGCAAUCGAGAUUUUCUUGAUGACGUGUCAGAAUGUUUAAAAACAUUGUGCAGAAAAAAAUCUAGCAGUGUUUUUUUACAAAUUGUGGAUUGCAUUGAAGUGUGGAAUUUAAAUAUUAAAGAUUUAAACAAACGUGAGAGAGCAAAGUUGGUAUUUAUUGUCCUUUUGUGUGUGAAUGCAAAUAUUUCUUCUUCCUUCAACGAAAGGUGCUAUAAUGUAUUAAAAACAAUAGCCACAUCGUUAAAGGGAUUAAAGAGUCAUAAAAAUGAGAAAUGUGUAGGUAAAGACAAUGCCAUUCAAAAUGAUACGUCUUCUAUUGAAAUAAAAACAAAUUCGAAUCAGGAUGAAGAACAGAUUGAAGGAGGAUUCUCUGAAAAAAUACAUCUUCAUGAUGAACAUCAUUUCGUUGAAAGGAAAAUAUGUUUACAAAAGGAACAAUUUUAUAAACAUUCUAGAAAAGCAACAGAUGAAUAUUUUUUCGCGGAAAUGAAUAAAAGCUUUUAUAUCCCUUCACCUUCUAAUGUUAUAUGCAGCGAUAUUCAUAUGCUCUUUGGGGAAAUAAAAAAAGAAUUAUUUUACGAGAUUAUGAAUAAUGAAAGAAAUUCAUGGAGUGAAGGAAAAGACGAUUUUGCAAGCAUUUUAAUCAUGUUUUUGUUUUACACCUAUUUUGACAUUUUUCAUUUUAUUAAGUAUAUAAUAUCGUUUGUGUACAAAUCGCUAACACUCUUUAAAUACAUCGAUUCUCCAACAACACCCUUAUUACUAAAUUCUUUUGCACAGAAAAACAUGGACAGAAAUGAAUUUUCCCCAAAGGACGCCUUUUCAGAUUAUGGCUAUGAAUACGAAUCAUUUUUGUACAUGAGCAAAUUUCUUUAUUUAAUUAUUACCUGCGGGUAUUUAAUGCCUAUAAAUAAGCUUCUUCCUGAAAUAGCACAAUUUACCUUAGGCGAUUAUAACAUUCAAAAGGCUGCACAAAGUUUUUACAAACUUAGCGAUACGUCACCGAUUUAUUCAACUAAUGAAAAUUCUAAAGGGAGAUACGAUUCCGCUGAUCAUUUCACUGAGAAGAAUUAUGAUGACUGUGCAAAAUAUAUUUUUUCAAAUAUGAAUUAUCAUAAAUAUCAGACGAAAACAUACGAAAUGUUUUGUAUGCACAAGAAAAUCGACAUUACUUUGAAAGAGAACACUAGUAUGAAUUAUAAAUUCGAUUUUUCUUCAGAAAAGAGAGACUCUGAUGAUGUUUCUCAAGACAGACGUUUUUUGUGUGGGGAAUUCAUGAAAGAGAAAUCGAAGAAUGAAUCAAUAAAAUCUGUAGUGAAAGAUGCAGAAGAGAGAAAAUCACCUCCAAUGGAAAACCAUCAAACAAAAGAAUACAUCGUUCAUGGAAAUCAAAUCGACGAAGAAUCCGUAUUCGAAGAAAUCCCCUUUUGUGCUAAUAACGAAUACUGUAACACUCCCAUAAUUAAUCAUAAUAAAAAAAUUGUCCUUAUGAUGUUGUCCCAAUUCCUAGCUGGGUACCACAUAAGGAAAGAUAUAGACGAAAAUAAAUUAGGUGAAAACAAAUUAGACGACGAAUAUAUAAAUUUGAUUUUAUUUUUAAUAAGCGAAAAUAUGAAUUAUGAAAAUGUGGACUCUUUUCCCUAUCUUUUAAUAUCAUUAAAGCAUUUGUUAAACAUUAUCGGGAAGGAGUGCAAGAAAUAUAGUAAAAUUUUAUUUCACUUUUUAAUUAUUUUACAAUCUGAUAAUCGUUUUUGUUCUCAAUUAGAAAUAAAAGAAUUAAUUGAAAAAAUUGAGUAUCAUUAUCAUGGAGAGAAAAACAGAAUUGAUUUUUACAAUGAUGAAUACAUCCAUUUCGUGAAAAAUGCUGCGAAUAUAAUAGACUUCAAUGAUUUUAAUAAUUUCAAGUAUAACAUUGAAUUUUUAAACACACUUUUGAGUAACAUAAGUGAAGAAGUCAUGAUGGAACAAUCCAACUGCUUAAUGAAUUUUUUAUUGCUAAUUACAAAUCAAGAAUUAAAACCAUUCAUGAAAUCGGAAUUUUUAUUAUUUUUAAAUUUAUUUUGUUCGAGUAAUACUUUCCCAAAUUUUUUUUUAAAAUAUUCGGAACACAUUUUAAAAAAUAUAUUAUUGCCUCUGUGUACUUGGAAGAGUGGAUUAAAUGAAGCACAAACAAGAAAAGGAGCCCUAUAUUGCAUAAGAACAUUAUUCGUAAAAAAUUUAUUUGGCACAUGUACUUUUCAAAAUAAUGUACUAAUUGAAAAUUUAGUGUGUGUACUUAAAUCAUCCAUUGAUGAUACGUGGAAUAAUGCAAAUAGGGAAAUAUCUAUAUCGAUAUAUGGACAAAUUGUAAAGGGAAUAAAUAACAACAAUAUAUUACUCGAUUUGUUGAACACUUUGUUAAAAUUAUUGGAUGAUUCAAAUAAGACAAUUCGUAAAUUGUCUGCAGGUGCUAUGUAUUCUCUUUUUCAAAAUAAAUCACUAAUAUUAGAUCACGAAGCGUGUGAGAAUAUUUAUCCGCGCUUACUGCUUCACAUGGAUGACGAGUGCCCGAGCGUUAGCAAAAUUAUUUACCACACCUUGUCGAUAACAAUAAAUUCCAAUGAGGCCAUUUUCAUAAAGCAUGCGAAAAAUUCCACCGAGUACACAGAACAUGCAAAAUUUUACAAGGAUGAACUGAUGAAGCAUUUGGGAGUUAACGGAUCGAAUGAAAAAAACAACCUAUUCUUUGUAUAA